CUUGUCAUGGUCAAUGAACGGAGCGUGACGUUCACCUGUCAGUGUGAACUGAGCAGCUGUCACAUUUGAGUGUGUAGGCACCUAGCAAACGACACGUACUCCCAUUUUUAAAAGCAUGGCACGAGGGCAUCAGAAGAUUCAGUCCCAGCAGAAAAACGCCAAGAAGCAGGCGGAGAUGAAGAAGGCCAAAGGUCACGAUCAAAAGACGGCAGCCAAGGCAGCGCUUGUAUUCACCUGCUCUGUGUGCAGAUCUCAGAUGCCAGACCCCAAAACCUUCAAGCAGCACUUUGAGAGCAAACACCCAAAAUCCCCUCUGCCCCCCGAGUUAGAGGGAGUGGAGGCGUAGGUGGUCGUCGACAUGGAUACUAAAAUCUUCAACCCUGUGCCGGCUCUGCUCUCGUCUCAGUCUGACAGCAACGGAUGAUUUCACGUGACCAACAUGAAGCACUUGUCUAUUAAUUCUUUAACAGGCCGGGUCGAGUCCUGUGUGCUCGUCUUCGAAUACAUGUCACAGCAGACCUGUACGAUGUGUGAACGAUAAAAAGUUGUAAAAGGAGAUAGCUUCUUGUUCAGCUUCCCUGAACAAACUGGCGUAUCGGAGUAUUUCUUGCUGCCCGCUCUCGUGUCUCUUUACGCUUUAGCUUUGGUGGAUUGAUCGAACCUUUACGUGCUCGAGGUAAACGUACAGUGUUUGCUGAAGUUACAGCGGUGACAAAACUGACCUCAUCUUCUUAAUUAGUGCUUUGAGCGCUGAAUGGAAACGGGGACUGUGAAUCUUUAUCCAUAAGUGCUCAGAGCGUAAAUCGUCCUCAGUCCUGUCUGCCUGGUUAUUACUGCAUAUUCUCAUUUUAGUUCAUCGUAAUUUCGUAAUUGUUUCAGUUAAAAAAGUGACAUUUUGAUAGCCAUUUCCAAGCUGCUGGAUAAAUUGUAAACCAAUGAAUGUACGCUCCAAUGAUGAAUUGUUAAGUCAUUUUUAUUAAAGGUUCACUUUGUUGUA